AUGCUCCUGGCUCAGCGGGUGGAGGUGAAAAUGAAAGGCAAGAAACUCCCCGACGUCCUGAACCGUCUCCACGUGGCCAUGCCCACCCUGCGCGACGGGGCUGAGAGAACUCCGUUCAUUCCUCCAGGAGCCAAGCUGAGGAAAAAUCGACCAGCCGACGGGGGCAGCAUGGAUGUGGAAACAGCAAGAGGUUCCGAAGAGGCUCCAAAUGUAGCUCUCCCGAAGAAGAAAGUGGAGAGGGACAUUGAGCUGGAGAUGGGCGACGACUAUUUCCUGGACCUGAAGAAGCACUACCAGCUGGAGAACGGUGAGGAAAAGUAUGACAUCAUCCCUGAGAUCUUCGAGGGGAAGAACAUUGCCGACUACAUCGACCCGGAGAUUCUUGAGCGACUGGAGGAGCUGGAGAGAGAGGAUGAGAUGAGGGAGGCGGUCGGGGUGUACGACUCGGAGCCGGAGGACGAGGAGACAGUUAAGACUCGGAAGAUUGCCACAGCGAUUCGCAGAAAGCGAUCGCUGAUGCGGAAGCAGAGCUGGUUGAAGAGGUCGCGGAAUGCACCCGUCAUGCCGAGGAGCAAGGGCCCCGCUGUGAGACUGAGUCGCCCGAGAGUUAGGACUAGUGAGAGGAUGGACGUGGAUGGGAAGGAGGGUGAAAGAGACGACUCAGCAGCUCCGUCUGUUGCUGGAAAGAAGAGGAAGCGGUCGAGGUCUGCCGUGUCAGUGAUGGCCCGCUCCCAGUCCCAGGGUCGCUCCAGCUCCCGCGACCUCCGUGAGAGGUCAGGGGUUCGUGACUCCGCCAUGCUGGAGGCUGCAGUGAAGAAGCAGCGGUUGUCACAGAGACCACUGGGCCGUCUGGGGAAACAGGGGAUCUGGGACAGACAUGUCUACACCCUGAAACCCAAGCAUCUAUUCUCCGGGAAGAGAGGCAUUGGAAAGACUCAGCGAAGAUAGUAGUGUUACGUAAUUAUAGCGCG